GGACUCCGGGUCAGCGAGGUCGUUUGCGUGUAGGGUGGGGGCUCCGGGGGUUCUAAGUGAUGGGGUGCGUGGUCACCCUGGCCACCGGCUUUGUUUUCCUUUGUGGCAAGAAGAAGGGAGGGGAUUAUUUAUCGCCUGGAUUCUCAUUGCGGUGUGAGACUGCCUUGUGCCGCACGCCUCUGGGAAGCUGGGUGCCUGGGUAGAGCCAGGGCUCCGACUUAGGCCUGCCCCCUCCCCCUACUUUGCCCAGAGUUUUCCCACAUAUUUUCUUGGCAUAACCUUCUCCUAGGAAGGGGGUUUUUGGAGAGAAAGGGGUACAGUUCCGACGAAUACUUGUGUUUGGGACGCCUUUCCUAGGUUUAGGGUAUUCCUUCAGUUUUUAUUUUACUGGUUCAUUAACCAGGGGCUCUGGGGAAGGUGGGUGGUGUGUAGGGGGCACUGCCAAUGUGCCCGGCUGGUUGUAGUUUGUAAUUUUUCUAACCGGCUGAGAAGUCUUGACUCCUAUGGCCACCUUUUUUUUUUUUAACUUUGUUUACUGUCCCCCCCACCCCUCCCAUAGGAGAGAGGGAGUGAAGAAUUGAAAAGCUAACUUGAUUGCCUGAAGAAGCCCCCAAAGUUCUUUUUGGGUGGGGGGCUUUUAAGUGGAAGAGGGUUGGAACAGGCAAGACUCUAAGGCUCUGGGUCUCCAGGGUGGGCAGACCCUGGCGUUGGUGGGGUCCUGCAGGGUUGAUGUUUGUAGCCCUCUUCCCUUCUGUGUAGACGGUGGAGAGGGGCUUGGGGGUCAUGUGCAGCGUAUUUAUGUAAGACACCCAGACAGAGGGCACUGGUAUUUAUAUAACCUGGCGUGGGUAUUUAUGUAAUAUAGGAUGCAGUAUAUUUAUGCUCCUUUCCUAACCUGUGGCUUUCCCCGCUGCCAUGUGUGGUCUCUGAGUUGGCGUUGGUGGAAACCCGGCUGGGGGUGGUGUUUGUGAGUACACACCCAGUCCCCCCCUUUCCCGUAGGGAUCACGAGUGUGAGCCUCUGCUCCUGUCUUCCCUUGGCGGGUGCACUUAGAAAACUGGACCGUAUGUGAACCUGUGGUGCCGGGCUGGUGGGUUUUCUGAAGAUGUGCAGCUGUGCUGUUGGCAACCAGGGCAACUCAGCUGAGUCCAGGCCAGCCAUGUGGGCAAAGGGCCUUGAUGGAGAGCCCAGAGUUUGGCUGGCACCCAGUGGCAGCUACUUCCUUGUGGCUGGUGGAAGGACUGUGGUGACUCUCUGGGAACUAGUAUGAGGCUGGGGUGUCACUCCUGGCUUGAACCUUUUGACUCUUAGGCUGAUCAAGGAGCCCUGAUGAAUCUCUCUCAGCUUCCUUACAGGCCUGGCAGCUGGGGGUAGGCUUGGCACAUGGAAGGGGCAGACCCCCCAAGCAAACCAGCACAGUUACUGUCUCACCUCCUGGUUUUACUUCUCAAGUUUGGAGUGAAAUAAGUUCUGGGGAGGAGGCCGCCAGGUGGGCUAGCCUGACCCCUGUUUGCUCCUAGGUGAGGCUCUGCCCAUGACUUGUUGGGUGGUAGCCAGACCGCUCCAGGCUGGUCCAUCUGCAAAAGGAGUCUACUUUACCCUUCCCUGGCUUCCCAUCUUCUGGCAUCCCAGACUGCGCCCAGUCCUCGAGUCUUCUUUUCUUCUGGCCUGGAACACGGGGACCCAGACAUCUACCGGGCCAGUACAGAGGUUCUUGUUAUCCACGAACUUGAGGCAUCAGGAAGGAGGGGGUCUGCUCAGAUCAGCCCCGCAGGGACUAGUGACUUCAAAUCUGCUGUGCCAGGGACCUCUCCCAGGAGACCCUCUCUCCUUGUCUUCAAAGAAGCUUGCGUAGGAAUCCACCCAAAGAGAUGUGUGCAGAGAAGUCUAGAAACGGUUCUCUACAUCCCAAAUAGAACCUGGGAGGCAUUAUGAGGGACCUUGCCUUCCCUUUCUGAGUAGGGAUCAAACCCUCUUGUGUGGGCCUACUGGAACAGUCCAGCCUAGCCCUGGGUGAGCCUAGCGGCCCAGGGGCAGGGAUAGAGGUGGGUACCCUGUGCCCUCAGGAGUCUCAGUGCUGUGGAACUCUGUGGGGCCUUUCCCUUCUCACCCUUGGAAGUUGGAACUUGCUGGUGGUGGCUUUGGUAGUUUCCAGGACGGUCUGCUCCCAUGGACCCUGCUCCUCUGGGGCCCAGGACUUCCCUGAGGUCCUUUUGGUGCCUCUAGAGUGCUUGCAGAUAAAGCACUUUGGAGAAGACUUGGCCUUCGUCUGCUAGGGUUGGUGGAGAUUCACUGCUGAAUCCAAGACACAGGACUUGGGUCUCCUGCCUCUUCCCUGUAUCCCUUUGUCCUUGAUCAAGCUCCUUUAGCCCGUGGUAACCAGCCUCCCCCUGAGGGGGCUCACACCGGAGGGGCUGCUUUUCUUUCUCCUCCUGGGCCUUGGCUCUGAUACCACCUUUUCUGAACUACGUGAAGCCUGUCCUAAGCCUGCCUCAGCCCUGCCCAGGGUGAAGCAUGGAGCUGCGUGUGGGGAAUAAGUACCGCCUGGGCCGAAAGAUCGGCAGUGGGUCCUUUGGAGACAUCUACUUGGGUGCCAACAUUGCCUCUGGUGAGGAAGUAGCCAUCAAACUCGAAUGUGUGAAAACAAAGCACCCGCAGCUCCACAUAGAGAGCAAGUUCUACAAGAUGAUGCAAGGAGGAGUGGGGAUCCCGUCCAUCAAGUGGUGCGGGGCUGAGGGUGACUACAAUGUGAUGGUCAUGGAGCUGCUGGGGCCCAGUCUCGAGGACCUCUUCAACUUCUGUUCCCGAAAGUUCAGCCUCAAGACAGUGCUGCUGCUGGCCGACCAGAUGAUCAGCCGCAUCGAGUACAUCCACUCCAAGAACUUCAUCCACCGGGACGUGAAACCGGAUAACUUUCUCAUGGGCUUGGGGAAGAAAGGCAACCUGGUCUACAUCAUUGACUUCGGCCUGGCCAAGAAGUACCGUGAUGCCCGCACCCACCAGCAUAUCCCCUACCGGGAAAACAAGAACCUGACUGGCACUGCCCGCUAUGCCUCCAUCAACACCCACCUGGGCAUCGAGCAAAGCCGUCGAGAUGACCUGGAGAGCUUGGGCUAUGUGCUGAUGUACUUCAACCUGGGCUCCCUGCCCUGGCAGGGUCUCAAAGCCGCCACCAAGCGUCAGAAGUACGAGCGGAUCAGUGAGAAGAAGAUGUCAACGCCCAUUGAGGUCCUCUGCAAAGGCUACCCCUCCGAGUUCUCAACAUACCUCAACUUCUGCCGCUCCCUGCGGUUCGAUGACAAGCCCGACUACUCCUACCUGCGCCAGCUCUUCCGCAACCUCUUUCACCGGCAGGGUUUCUCCUACGACUACGUCUUCGACUGGAACAUGCUCAAAUUCAUGCGGCCCCCCUCCCGCCAGCCCCCUGUCCUUCCCUGUGGACGGCCUCAGGACCAGCUAGGGUGCAGCCCGGAAUCCCGAGGACGUAGACCGGGAGCGACGAGAACACGAACGGGAAGAGAGGAUGGGGCAGUUGCGGGGGUCCGCGACCAGAGCCCUGCCCCCUGGCCCACCCACAGGGGCUACUGCCAAUCGACUCCGCAGUGCAGCCGAGCCUGUGGCUUCCACGCCUGCCUCUCGAAUCCAGCAAGCUGGCAAUACUUCUCCCAGAGCGAUCUCACGGGCCGACCGGGAGAGGAAGGUGAGCAUGCGACUCCACAGAGGCGCACCUGCCAACGUCUCCUCCUCAGACCUCACUGGGCGGCAAGAGGUCUCCCGGAUUUCAGCCUCACAGACAAGCGUGCCAUUUGACCAUCUCGGGAAAUGAGGAGAGCCACCACCGACCAGUGUUUGCUUAGUGUCUUCACUGCAUUUUCUUAACGAAACAAAACAAAAUAAAGGACAGAAAGAAAGAACCAACCACUCAAGUGAACAAAAAGGAAAAAAAAACCACACACAACCCAGCACAGAGUCAACAAUGGAUUUUGUUUCUUUGAUUUAUUUUUCCAAUGGCAAAAAAGACAAGAUUGUCCUUAUCACUGAGGAUUCCUGUCCCCUCACCUUGCCCACUGCUCCCCACCGAAGGCUGCCAACACUCCUCUAGUGGCAUUGGGUCAUACGCUAGCCCCCGUUGCCGCCUGGCGGCCACCCACCACAUACCGGGCAGCCGAUGGAGGCGCCUGAAGAGCUUGCGUCAGGGAGUGGUUUGCCAGUCACAGACAAGUCCCAUGAGGUUUUGUGAGCCUCGGAUCCAAGGAGACACGCACGCACAGCUGCAGCCCCUCGGCAGCGACAGAGGCCAGCUUUGUAUUGGGCGUUCCCAGAGUCCCCCUGAGCAUCCUGGUCCCCCUUUCCCCCCUCCCGUCACCUCUAUGCAGGGACCUUGAGGGGGCGGUGAGGUGGUGGCCAUGAUGCCUUGUGCAUGUGUGAGUGUGUGACUGUGUGGCAGUGUGAAUGUGUGUGUGUGUGACCUGUAUUUUCCAGAGCAGCAGGUGACCUGCCAUCUUACCUGGCCAAGUUUCUGUUCUUGUCCCCAUGAAGUCAAGGUGGGGUGGACAAUGACCUCCACAUCCCUCAGGGCUUAGAGUCCUUGCCACCACCUGUUCUCAGAUGCCAGUGUGUGGCAACCCCAUCUUUCUUCCAUACCUGAUCCUAAGGCAAGUUCACAGAGUCUGUUCCCAGAUGGCAUCGGCUCUGACUUACCAUGUAGUUCCCUGGUCCUGACAGUCACCUGUGGUCACCCCUCUCCUAGGGCCUGAUUCUUGAGUAGGACCCUGGGUCAGGGUUAAGUUUUGAAUUUACCCUUCCUGGUUAACACCUGGUUUUUAAUUUUAUUUUUGUUUGUUUUCUCGGUGUGUGUAUUUCCUAAUUUAUUUACCUCUUUUUCCCUUUUUUUUUAAUUAAAGAGCAAAACUUUUUAUUACUUUGUAAUUUAAAAAACUGAAAAAAAAUUACUGAAGAACUUUGGGGGGAAUUUUGUACUUUUUUCCUGUGUAAAUACUGGACUUUUUUGAGCUUUAUCGUGGUUGUUAAUUUGAAGUAAUAAAGUAGAAAAGGACAAAGUGA